AUGGCGCCUACCACGACCGAGACCAUGAUCAUCGCCGCCGGCAUCAGCCUCCCCUACAUCAAGAAGCAGCUGGGUGACAAGUACCCUGAGGACUUUGGCGAGAUGAACCCGAAAACGGCAAAGAAGGCGCCCGUGAAGUCCGCGGAGGCCAAGUCGCUGAUUAAGAAGGCGGCGCGCGGCGAGAAAUGGCGCACGAUCCAAACCAUUCCCAAGGGCGCGAAGAAGCAGCCGGCGGCCAAGCCGCAAAAGAAGAAGGUCAAGCCGGCGGCCAAGGAGCCCGAGCCGGUCGUCGCGGACGAGUCCUCGGACCCCGACGAGGAGGAGUGA